GGUUUUGUCGCAGUAUAAAAGUGCCUCUCCCAUUGCGCGUUGCGUCUUCGACGAUCUCCAUUUCUCCUCUCCAAACGCGAGAGCGGCGAGGGGGAAGAGCACCAGCCAUGGUUCACGUCAGUUUCUACCGCAAUUAUGGGAAGACGUUCAAGAAGCCACGCCGCCCCUACGAGAAGGAGCGGCUCGAUGCCGAGCUCAAGCUGGUGGGGGAGUACGGGCUCCGAUGCAAGAGGGAGCUGUGGAGAGUUCAGUACGCUUUGAGCCGGAUCCGGAACGCGGCGAGGGAGCUCCUCACUCUGGAUGAGAAGAACCCUCGCCGGAUCUUCGAGGGAGAGGCUCUUCUUCGCCGGAUGAAUCGAUACGGCCUGCUUGGCGAGAAUCAGAACAAGCUCGAUUACGUCCUCGCCCUUACGGUCGAGAACUUCCUCGAGCGGCGGCUUCAGACCAUCGUCUUCAAGACCGGGAUGGCCAAGUCCAUCCACCAUGCCAGGGUCCUAAUCAGGCAACGCCACAUCAGAGUUGGGCGGCAGUUGGUUAACAUUCCCUCAUUCAUGGUGAGGGUAGAUUCUGAGAAGCACAUCGACUUCUCCCUCACGAGUCCGUUUGGCGGAGGUCGCCCUGGAAGAGUGAAGAGAAAGAACAUGAAGAAUGCGGCAAAGAAGGCAGCUGGCGGUGACGGUGAUGAGGAGGAUGAAGAAUGAGCAAAUCAUGCCUUAGAAGGUUCUGCUGUGUCUUUUUUGCCUUGUAAGACUUAAAUUUGCUAGCUAAGAAUGUGGUAUGUUAUCCUCCCAAAUCUAUAAGAGUCAUUUCACAUUGCGCUUACUGGAGCUAUAUAAGUGAGGCAGGGUUUUUUUGUUUUAUUACUAUAUAAAAUAUGACUGUAUAUGGAGACUGAUUUCUAUGCCUUUUUUUAGAUGCUGGACUUUUGUAAUCUUGUGCUGUGUUGGCCUUCACAUUCUAUCUAUUGAUUGGUGAAUCAGGCGAACUUAUUGACGAGCA